AUGUCAAAUUUUGAGCAAUUUCAUUCAGACUUUUACCAGUCCAGUUAUACUAUAGAUAACCAAGAAGGUUACAACAGCUAUGGGUGUAAUGAAAAUCUUUGUGGAAGCAGAAAGAACCCGACAGGAGAGCGACCUCGAGCAGGUGCCUUUGUCACUUCAGAAAUACUUCUGUCUUCCCAGAGUUACACGGGUCAGAUUUUGCAGCCCACAUACAGUCCCGACACUCUCUCGCACCUUAGUUACACCAACGGUUUUGAUGAAGAGCCUCCUUUGCUAGAAGAACUUGGGAUCAACUUUGAUCACAUAUGGCAAAAAACAUUAACCGUUCUAAACCCAAUGAAACCUGCAGAUGGCAGCAUUAUGAACGAGACAGACCUCACUGGCCCUAUGGUUUUCUGUUUGGCCCUUGGAGCAACGUUGCUGCUGGCAGGAAAAGUUCACUUUGGCUACGUGUAUGGCAUGAGUGCCAUCGGGUGCCUUGCCAUGCAUGCGCUCCUCAACCUGAUGAGCGUCACAGGAGUCUCGCAUGGUUGUGUUGCAAGUGUUCUGGGCUACUGCCUGCUGCCCAUGGUGAUCCUGUCUGGCUCAGCAGUUGUCAUCUCCCUACAGGGGAUACUGGGAACAUUGUUAGCUCUGUUUGUUGUUGGAUGGUGCAGUCUGUCAGCCUCCAAAAUUUUUACCUCUGCAUUGGCCAUGGAAGGACAGCAGCUUCUUAUUGCAUACCCGUGUGCUUUACUUUAUGGACUUUUUGCACUUCUAACGGUUUUCUGA